AUGUCCUCCUCAGCAGAACUUUCCCAGCCCAUCGUCUUCGACCCUGCGAAGCAUCUCCCACUCCUCCCCACGUUCGUCCAUCUCCACAAAACCUGCGUCGAAUCUCCGCCCCAUCCAAUCCUCACUUUCCUCCCCCCUUUUCCGCCCGAGAAAAUCUCUAAAGAUCGCUUCUCCGAAGUAAAAGCUGGAACGCGGCAUAUUGUUUUCGUAAUGCUUCAACCGAAAGAAGGAGAGAAAGUACAAGUAGCAGGUGUCUGUAUGCUCUCCACACCAACAUGUGAAACUGGACCUCAUAGAGGAUUUGUGGAGAAAUUCAUGGUAGAUCCGGAGUUUAGGGGAAAGGGGGUAGGGACGGGGAUCAUGAGGGCAACUGAAAAGGUUGCGGAGGAGAUGGGUGCUUGGCUAUUGAUGCUUGAUACUGAUGUAGGAAGUUCAGCGGAGGGCAUUUACAGAAGAUUGGGAUACAUAGAGUGUGGAAGAAUACCGGAGUAUGAUGUGUGGUCUCAAACGGGGGAGUUGAAAACGGAGGUUUUCUUUUAUAAGAAAUUAGUAGGCGCGGAGAAGAAAGAAUCAAGAAAGGCUGCCGGGAGCUCAAACUGA